AUUAUUGCAUUGCCAUGAUGUUUUGUGUACAAAGUGUGAAUGACAAACAGUUGUUGUGUGACCGUGCAGUUUAGAACGCGCAAAAAACUGUUAAAUCACUACUGCCUUCCCAACUCAGUUCAUUUGCACGCCCUUUUUUGACAUCGAAGAUUUUCGGAGGAACAUUUUUACAACAAAACAUGGGUAGAGAUAAUAAUGCCUGGAGUGUCUUAUUUUCGUUUCUUUUUAUAUUCGUAACACAGGUUAAUGCAGAGCUGUGCCCAGAUACAGAUAACGUUUACUGUGACUACGGCCAAUACUGCUGUGGAGGGUCGUUAUGCUGCACUGACUAUGACGGGGGAUACUACAGCUAUGGCUUCUGGAACAUCUGGUAUUUCUGGUUCAUCGUUUUCUUCAUUUUGAUGACAUGCUGCGGAGGUUGUGGUUUCUACCGUCGCCGCCAGGCAUACAUGAACGGCAACCGCAGCACCAUCAUCGCCGGACCUGGCACCAUUAUUCCACCCCCACGAGGGGGCACUAUACCCACGGGGGCUUACCCCGCUCAGCCGAUCUCAACUGGCCCUCAGAGUUACUACCAAGGUCCUCCUACAUAUGAUGAGGCGGUGAACAAACCCUACAUGUACCCAAAGACAGAACCCUACGGCCAGCCACCAGUGAUGCCAAUCAAUGGAGCCACACCCUACCCACAAGCCAACCCAGCGUACCCCCCAACCUCGCCCAACCCUGCCUACCCCCCAGCUGCACCUAACCCAGCCUACCCUCAAGCCGCUCCCAACCCAGCCUACCCACCAACCUCGCCCAAUGCUGCAUACCCCCCUACCACUGGGUAUCCUUACCCUGCUACUACUGACACGCCCUCCAAUCCUACUGCCACGCCCAUGCCGGAACCUCCACCCUAUAUGGAGACGGCGAGCAAUGCAACCCAAGCCUCAGCUCCAGUUGAUCCCGUGGCCUCAUGAGUAAUGUAAAGGCAAUAGUACUUUUUUGAUAUAUUAUUGUUGUCGGACUGGCAAACUACUUUUAUUGUAAUAUUUUUCCUGUUAUAACUGUGCAAGUCUCGCAUGUAUCGAAAAAUUAGAAAAAUAACUGGAUCGAAGACAGUAUUUUCCUAUACACUUUGAGUCUUCUUUUGAAAUUAUAUAUUACAGGUACUUCAAAAUUCUUGAAAUUAAAAUUACCCACACCACUUUGUCAUAGAUACAGUUUCAACUUUUUUUUUUAAUGAAAAUAUUAUGUUAUAGUAACCAUUGAAACACAAUUUUAAACAUAGGACUAGGCGUUAUUUAAAAAAACAAAAACAUUUGGCAAUUAAACCUGAAUUUGGGUGAUCAUUACAUGAGUUUGGUAAACAGCUUGGUCAGUUCUCUGUUGGGCAAAAGUAACUAGAAACAGAGGUUGAUUUCGUUGAUUUGUUAAAUUUACUGUACUUUCAUAUAUUUCAUGGCAAAAGGUUACUUUCCGACCUGUUACGAUAUAACUAAUUUGUACAGCCAUAAACUAAAGAGUUUGAAGAAAUGCACCCAUACACAUGUAAAACACCAUAUGGUUGGGACCAACUUGGUCCCAGAAUGUUGAAUCUGCGCGAGACUUGCACACUUGUCUAUUGAAACAAAAGAAUUUUUGGUAACGUUAGAGACAAAUUUCAACUUUUAAUAAUGUACUUUGCAACUGGUGUGCGGUAUUUUUUCAAAGUACAUGUUUAUUUUUAAUUUGAAAUCUUCGCAAUUUUUACACAGAAAUGUUUGUACGAAGCCAUCUUGUUAUGCAGUUUUGGGUUCAAGUACAUGUAUACAGCUUUGUUGAUGGGUGGAAAAUCUGGUUUAUCACUUAAAACUUUACUUCCCAAAAUGGCACAACCAAUAUUUUCAAGUAGUGAUGAAUUCAGGUGAAUUGGGUCGGGAGAAGAGAUUUAUUCAUUUGAAUUUUUGCUAUAACUUGAGACCAAUUCAUUUGUGCCUUAUCAAAAUAACCACAUUCAAUCUUGCUCAUGAAAUAAUAAAUAAUAAUAAUUAACCAUUCUUAUAUAGCGCAUAACACAUAGAAAUAAAACAUGUCCCUAAGCGCUCUGAAACCCAAACAACAUAUAAACAAUAUGGGUGACUAAAAAUACAGAGCGCCCUCUUUGGUUGGCAGUUUCCCCAAAAGAAGCGGUCGACUUAAAAUAAUUUCACUCUCAACUCAAAACGGGAGUAAAUUGUUAAAAAAACAAGAACAGUUAUAAAACAUACCCUUAUAUAAACUUUUUGUCCAGACAACAAUUCAAAGACAAACUGUCUGUUUGUUUCUGUAAAUAUUUUUUGAUUCAUGUAUUAAUGACUAUACAAAUAUUUGGUAAAUAAUGCCUGGAAGUGUAAACAAAGGGUGUGUUGUUGAUUAGGAUAAACAACAUGUACGUAUUUUUAAUCUUAUAGUGUGGAGAUCUAAUAUACACCAGAACUAAUAACCGGACAUCAUUAGGUUAAAAAUAUAUCUGUGUUUAAAUGAGUUAUUUAGAGACUUUGAAUUGUUUUGUUUGGGCCAAAUCAUUUGGUGAUCUGACGUGGGUUUGCAUUAUUUUUUUUCUGAAUGUGGGUCGGAAUUACACUGUUAACUAUUGCAAUGGUGAUGUGUGUUUGCGUCUGAUGUAUAUAUACGGAUAUACUGUAUAAAAUAAUUUGUAUGUUAAUUUUUAUAUUAAUUGGGGAAUUCAACUGAAGCUUUAAACAAAUCUCUGAUUAUCAAUUUCAAUUGGUAUGUAAUUUAUCUGGCAAUUUCAAGCCAAUAUUUAUGGGUGAAUAUAUGGAUCAGUCGCUGUAGAUUCUUGCAGUCAGGCUUUAAUCCCACCUUUUGGCUGUCAGAAGGCUUGUCCAAACUAUUAUUAAUCUUGACUAGUCCUCAUCCCAACUUAACUUAAUCCAAACCACUAUCACUAGCACUGGACAGACAAAUGAAGAAGGUUUCAACAGUCGUCAUAUAAGUACAUUUACAUCUUCUUCCAUUAAUCACAAAUUCUUUUUUAAAUAUGUACAUGUGAAAUGCAAUUUAAUAUAAUUCAAUGGUUUGAAGUAGUUUCUUCAGUACUUUUGCUUCCUUUCCAAGUUUACACUAACACUACCACAAGCUCGGAAAAAAACUUGUCUAUGACCGCUAGUUGCGACAGACUUCAACCCAGAAUCGGAGUUGAGUUUACCAAUUAUUUGUAAAGGGUGAGUGUUGAGUACAGGCUCGGAGAAAGUACUAGAAUAAUGAGGACAAGGCUUAGGAACUCAGAAAGUAGCUUCUUAACACAGCGGAAGAUGUGAAGUGAAAUUUUCUUUAAAAAAGCCCAGAUGAACGGAGUUUCACAUCAUAGCCUUUGUGUCCUGUCGGGUCUUGAUUUCCCAAAGCGCUUUAGCCCUUUUCACGGUUCUCCACCUACUGUAAAAGCGCCAAAUUUCUGCUCUGGCUGUGUUGGCGAAUAAUAACAAGUAACGUAGAGUAAGCAGGCAAAAAUUCUCUGCUCACCUGUGAAAUAUGCUAACCGUAAGCAAGAGCGGCCCAAUGUCAUAAAGCUGUUUAGCAGAAAAUACUGCUUGACAAAUUUCCUUGCUUAGAAAAAAAUUAGUGGGGCACCAGCCACAACAAUCUAAACUUCAUGUAGUUUUGGCUGCUAACCUUUUUUCUGCUAAGCAAUACUAGUCUAUGCUUAGCAAGUUUUUGUGCUUACAUGCUUUAUGAAUUUGGGUUCUGGACACUCUUGUGCAAUAACAAACAUUGUGACUGGUGUAAAUACAGAGACAAGGCUUUUAAAGACCUCAAGUUGAUGAAGUAAAAAGUAGAACGUUCUUGAAGUAUCUACCAUUUAAGAGGUUACCCCAACCACCUUCCUCACAGGAACUUUGAACCACAUUUUCCUCGGAUCCUUCGAAUACCUGAACUGUGCUUAAGCAAUUUGUUUGAUAUUUAAUUUCCCUAUUAAUGUAUAAAUUUCUUUUUAAAAUAAACUAUCGGUGUUUGUAGAGAAUUUUUCUGUAGAUUUCCAGUGCAAAACUUGUACUUUUUGCAAUCUAUCGAGCACUGGAUUUGCUUGUCUACUUUUGACUGACAAAUUUAACGUUUGUAUUUUGGCUGUAAAGCUUUGUAAAUUACGCAGUAUUGAUGAAUGUGGUGUAUAAUUCUUUUUUUGGCUGUAAAUUUUAUGGUUGCGACAUGUGUAAUCAGAGAUACUAAUUUUCCAGAAUAAAUUUACAUUAGUUUUAACAAGAGAAAAUAA